AGUGGUCCUAUGCCAAGGUGGGUAUUGCACAGGCGGUUGCCGAGUUGCAGCUUCUGCCAACCCAGGCCAGCAAAGCGAUUGGCGAAGCCUGCUGGGGCUUAUAGUCUAACAACAUUGAGUGGUGCAUAGUAACGGUGGGCCAUGCACCAAGGGUCCUCCUCCUGGUCCGCUCCUAAACCGCCAUGCCUUCCACAGAGCAGGCCAAAGGGGAUCUGCUGCAGGAGAUGCGCACGAAGAUGGUGGACAAGGCCGAAGUGGAGAGCCGGGAGAAGCGGCUGGAGGUCCUGGCUGGUCAGCUGGAGGCGGUCAAGAGGCAGCUGGGCCUGGCCACGACGGAGCUGGACAAGGAGAAGGCCAAGGUGGAGAGCGUGCUCCGGCACAAAGAGUCUCUCCAGGCCAAGCAGAGAGCCCUGACGCAGCAGCUGGACCGCCUGGACCAGGAGUGCGAACAGCUGAGGGCCGGCCUGGCCGACAGCGAAGAGGUGCAUGUCCUGAUGAAGGAGAGCAUGAAGGAGAUGCAGGAAGGGAGGCAACAGACCCAGCAUCGGCUGGAGGAGCAGCAGAGGCUGACGGAGAAAGCAGAGCAGGAGAAGCUGCGCAUGGAGCAGUGCACCACUGAGCUGCAGAGGACCAUCUCGGAGCUGGGGGAACUGGUCCAGGAGACGAAGAAGAGGGAGAGGUUGCUGGUGUUGUACCCAGACCUUCAUGUCCCUGUGGAGGCACACUUUGAAGGCACCGGGGACGUCAUGGAAGACAUGGGGAAGCAGCUCCGGGCCAACAACAUCCGGAUCAGCGUCCUAGAGGAGGAGAACACGCGGCUGCGCUCUGCCCUGGCCAGGAUGGAGGAGGCCACGCUACUACGGGAAGAAACAAAGGUGAGCGCGGGGGUCCCAGUGAGCGGUCCAGGCGGGAGACCCUUGGUUCUUGGACGCCAAGGUGUAGCGGGAACAUCUCUCUUUAGAUUAUGCCACCAACCCAGCUGUGGAUCACAUCUGACGCAGACGACCCAUACGAAAACGGUGUGCCGCGCUCUCCAAUGGGGUGAGUAGAUGGUUUUGUAGCGCCUCUGAUGCAGAAAAGGUUUGGCGACGGGGUAAGA